CGCUAUAAGUCAACCAACGACGGGUGGAUCUCCCUAGUCGAUCCCCCCUCUCCCCUCCCUCCACUCCUCAACUUUACUCCCCAUCACACACACACAACUCAUGCACGCACUAUCAACCACUACCACCACACAGACUCACACACACACCUUCCUUUUUCUCCCUCCCUUUCCCUCCCCUUCCCUCCCAUCUUUGUUUCUUCUUCCUCCCUUCCCCUUCCCUUCCCCCAUGUCGCCUGCAUCUGUGCAACGAAACGUUUCUUCCCUUCUUUGAUCAUUCUCUACUACUUUCCCAUUUAUCCGUCGCAGGUCGAAAAAGCAUACACACAUACAUCGUCGUUGUCCAUAACGCCUUCAUUUACUCGAUCUACUCGACAACUUGGACUUCGCACAGGGAACAAUAUCAACAUCUGUUCGCUCCUUACAGAACUGACUAAACUGUUCCACCAACAACCAGCUCACUACGAGUACACAGCACCAUACAAACAACACAUCUGAUCAGAUUCAUUACGCGCUGGACUGUGUCUGCGCAUCUACAACAAUAAGAUACAACUAUAGCAACAAGAAACAAGAACAAGUCGAAAGAGACGAACUUUCCUGAUUCCACAGUCGACCAACGACUAUCCAUACUACCUUCCACCACAUCGCGCCGUGAACCAACACAAUGGCACUCUCCCGCGCCUUCACCACCCGCAAGGGCUCCAAAUCCCAGAACACCGCGCCAGUCCCCUCCCGCAGCCUAACAACCAAGCACUCCUUCUCCGCCGGCACCAUCCGCAACAAGAUCUCGGGCCCCAUGGAGCUCCUCUCAACAACCAACAUGAUCUCCUACAACGCGCCGGACCUGUACCCCAUCUCCACCGCCUCGCCCACCUCCUCCGGCGACGAGUCCGACCUCCCCUCCAUGUCGCACUCCACCACCACCACACCCGACUCCUCCGUCCGCGGCUCCGGAUCCAGCAGCAGCACGCCCAUCUCUCCCUCCCCCAACCACCUAUCUUCCUACUUCGACAACGCCAAUAACAAGCAGCCCACCCACAGCAUCAGCGCAUCCACCGACAGCACGGCGCCUUCCAUCCCACAGCGCGCAUUGAGCCACACCAAGAAAUCCCACGAGAUCCUCUCGCGCCAGCGCUCUACCCGCCAAUCGUCCCAGAACUCCUCGCACUCCUCAAUCUCAACAUCAACUCGCAAACCAUCCAUCUCCCACCCCCGCACCAGCGCCGACUUCUUCAGCCCUGCACCAGCAUUCGACACCACAGCAAACCCAUUCACCAACGAGCUAGCGCAGGUGCGCGAGUUGGCUGAGGAGUACAGCGGUGGUGCCACGCGCCGCGCGAUGAUGAGCGAAGAGGAGCAGGAUUUGUAUAGUAGGGGACUGUGCAAGUUCAGCGCGGAGGAUUACGUGAUGGAGAUCCAGGACUUGUAUUGCGAGAUGGUUGGGAAGCCGGUGCCGGCGCAGCAGCAGUCUUCGACGAUGAUGUGGAUCUAACAGCGCCGCGCCUUGUCAUUCUGGACGAACUGGUUUCGUUGGGGUGGUGAGCCGCGGUGGGUGGAUGAUUCACGGGGGAGAUUUUUCGUUGUAUAUACUUUGGGUUUGGCUGGGCUAGCGUCGCGCAUCGCAUCGCAUCGCAUCGCAUACUGGGAAAUGGAGUUCAGAAUGGGUUGAAUUUUUGUCUGCCGUUGAAACAGGCAGUGGGGUGGUGGGGGAGUUAUUGCUACCACGUCUCGUGGGCUGGGGAUGGGGAGGCUCACUCGGAUUACUUUCUUUAUACCAGCCACGUUUUUUUUUGCGGGCAACACACUCUUUUCGCUUAUAGAUGGGGAGGCAGAGGUGGAGGUGGAUGGCAGGUGGAUGGGUUUUGUUCGAGUACUACUGCUGGCUUUUGCUGUUCGAGUACUGCUGGAUUUUACUGCGAUUAUGAGAGGGGAGGAGAUGAAAAUUAUGGGAUGGAUGGAUGAAAUGAGUGAGGAUGAGGAUGAAUACCAUCGAUACUACGAUAGCUAGGCUCGGAAAGAGAGAGAGAGCUGGAAUGAAAAUGCAUG